CAGGAAGUUGACAGGGGAAGUUUAGUGGUUUCUUGCGUCAUCAUUUUAUGCUGCUACUUGUGUGCCGCUGCAGAGUGAAGGGUGGAAGAUAAACCAAAGUAUGUCCUAACACUCAAGCUUUGACACAUCAACUCCAAUGCAACGCAGCUUACAGAGGAAACAACCUGCAGCCAACAACAUGCACUGAGGCAAAGGAAACAGAAGCAGCCGCACGGUCAAAUCUGUGACAUGUGCAGCACCUUCUACAAAGUCAGUGUCACAUUAACCGAGUUGGGCAACACAUCCGGCAGCCGCACAGACACUCAGUCGGUCUGACGGUCAGAAACGGAGCAGCUCGGGCGGGUCUGAAUGUGAAGGUGGAUCAGCAGACAGGAAGAGAUGCGGAGAGUUCGGAGAAAAGGAGGGAACAAGGAGAAGGUGUUUGGAUGUGAUCUGCUGGAGCACCUGACCGCCUCCUCUCAAGAGAUUCCUCAGGUCUUGCAAUGCUGCAGUGAGUAUGUUGAGAAACAUGGAGUCGUGGACGGCAUCUACAGGUUGUCUGGAGUGUCGUCCAACAUACAGAAACUGAGGGGGGAAUUUGAGAGCGACGGGAGUCCAGAUCUGAACAAGGAUCUGUACCUGCAGGACAUCCACUGUGUCAGCUCUCUGUGUAAAGCUUAUUUCAGAGAGCUGCCAAACCCUCUGCUCACAUACCAGCUCUAUGACAAGUUUGCUGAGGCUGUGGCCAUCCAGCUGGAGGAGGAGAGGCUGGUAAAGAUCAGAGAUGUGCUGAAGGAACUACCACCACCACAUCACAGGACUCUGGAGUUUCUGAUGCGCCAUCUUGUCAGAAUGGCCUCAUAUUGCUCAGAGACCAACAUGCACUCCAGGAACUUGGCCAUCGUCUGGGCCCCCAAUCUGCUCAGGUCAAAGGACAUUGAGGCGUCUGGGUUCAACGGUACAGCAGCCUUCAUGGAGGUCCGGGUUCAGUCCAUCGUGGUGGAGUUCAUCCUCACACAUGUCCCUCAGCUGUUUCCUGAACAAGGUGAAUCAGAUGAGAGAAGGAAGUCCCUCCCCUCCCCGUCACCAAUGCCCAAUCAGGAGGAAGGGUUUUUCAAGUCCACUUCUACUUAUCCUUUCCCCCACUUUGGUCAUAUCAGUCCAGGAGACGGUCCUCUACCCAUAAGACCAUACCACGCAAUCAUUGAAGGCACUGACAAGAGGAAAGGAUCUCUCAAAGGCAGGAAGUGGAUGUCCAUCUUCAACAUCGGAGGACGAUUCCAUGACCCACGACGGAAACACAAACACUCAUCCAAAGAGAAAGACAGGCCUGCUUUGAGACCAGCGAGAAGCAUGGACUCCCUCAGCUCGUCGCCCUUUCCAAAUGAAGGUUCCAGACAUACGGCCCAGCGUCCUCCGUCCACCCACAUGUCUCCCAUCAUCACCCCCUCCCCCCAGUCCGGCUCUGAGGUCACGGCAUCCGCCGGUGCGUUAGGUGGCAGUGAAUACGCUGUAACCUACCGCAGGGGAACAGGGUUAGUGAGCGGGGGUACGGGGACCCAGGGCACCUACACGUCCCUUGACCCCGAAAGUUUAGGACUCUCAGACAGCGAUACUCUACAGUCCAGAUCCCCAGGGCUCUCCACUAAAGGCCGAAGAGCAGCCAUGCACAUCACCGGGCCCACCAUGGUUACUGUGCCCCUGCAUAUCACCUCUAACCUGGCAUUAGGGGUGCUGCAAGGGGGCGGGGGCGACAGGGUCAUCCACCGGGGCAGGGAUAGAGAAGGAGUAGAUAGAGUGGAAGGUAAGGAGAGACGAGGGAAGGCGGGGAGGAGGGAAAGCAGAGGAGUGGAAAGGAAGGUGGAAGAAAGCAGAAAGGUUGAGGAAGAAGAGAAAAGGCCCAAGGGGAAAGGGACAGACGGGGGAGGGGUCGUGGAUGCUGAAGGGAGUGAGGUGGUGGGUGGUGGUGGGGAGGAAGAAGGGAAAGAAAAGAAAGAGGAGAAAGGGGAGGAGGUCAGAGAAGAAUGUAAGCCGGAGCUGGUGGUGGAAGGUCCAUGCGUGUCCAGAGAGCAACGAGCCAAAAGGCAGACCUCCAACGCUGAGGGAGAUAAUGAUGUCGAUGAAUACAUGGACAUGAAAGUGGUGAAGCCGGUUGAUUGUCAGCCCGAGGCGACUCAGCGUGGUGAUGACUGUGUGUUCGAUGCUUCCAACGUCCUCAAUUCAACAGAAGUGGAGGAGGCCGACCAGGAGCUGUCUGGCUACGUUCAAGAUAACUUUGAUUUCCUGGACCACAUGGACUGCAGUGUCCCCCAACAGGUGAACGAGUUCUCCGUUGAACCUCCAGGUCACUCAGAUGACGAGUAUGAAUUUAUGGAGCAAGCUCCUGCAGAGCUGCAGGCGGACCUGCAACCAGGCCCCGACACACCAGCCCAGAGCCAGACAGAGUUAAAUCUACACAGGCCGCUCAGCAUCGACUCACAAAACCGACACACUAAAUCCCUCAGCUUGCCUCACAUGACCUCACCCGUCUUCGGAUCGCUGGAGUCCUGCUCUGAAGAGGAGGCUGCAGUGGAAGACAGUGAUGAUAAUGAUUACAGUAGUGAGGAUGAUGAGAGCAUCUUUGCAAAAAGCCUUCCCGCUGACUUCUUUUUAGAUGAUUUGACCUUAGAAACGGACACUGAUAAACAGGACAGCUGCACUCUUGAUGGGGUUCCUGUGCACCAGUCAAGGAGCUCUGAGGACGGAGAAUGCCAGUCCCUGAACGUUGAAUUUGCUGCAUGUAAAGAAUCAACUGCUGCAGACCAGGAGCAGGUGGAAGUGAAAGACAAAGGGGAUGAAGAUGGACUGAGAGAAAAGGAGAUAACAAAGAAGGAAGAGGAAGAUCACCGGGGAAGAGACCAACCAGAAAACAAUAGACAAAGCAAAGCGACAGAGGAAGAUGUCAUGGAGGAUUCUCAAAGUGACAAAGAACAGCUUCUCCCUCCAGAGGUAUCAACCUACGGCUACGCUGACUGUCCACCGCCCAGCGAUGAUGAAUCAAGCGCCGUGGCCGACCUGAACAUUGAGGAGGAAGAGGCGGACAUGUUUGACAAUCAUCACAGUGAUUAUCCACCUUGUCAUGAAGUUCCUCGUGCUACACAGGAAGACACUGUUGACAUUUCUUCAGAGGAGUUCAGAGACUUUCCUGUAAGUGCAACAGAACAGCCAACAAAAGAGAGAGACCAUGAUGAGGGAGAGGACAGUGAGGUAAACAAAGAGAUAGAAGACAUAUGUCAAGAAAUGGUACCGGGGAUAAAAGAAAGUGAUGAUAACAUGUGGGAAGAAUCCACCGAGGAGGGCAAUGAAGUGACGGCUGAAGAAAAACACGAAGAAAAGAUGCAGGGCGGUGACAAAGAGCAGGAUAGUGCAAUUUGGCAGACAGGCAGGGAAACUUGUGUUGAACUUCAGGAUGUUAUGUGGGAAAUGAUAGAGGUUGAGGAAAGUAAGCAGGUUGAGAGGAUGGAUGCAAGUUUUGCUUGGGAGGGAGAUACGAUCAAAGAUGUCAGAGUUGGAGACGAGGAAGUGCCGGCAGCAAAGGUUUCAGGAGAGGAAAUGUUGGAAGUUGACGAAGGAGAGACAAACAAAGCAGAAGUCAGAGUAGAGGUAGUGGAGGAAUCAACGGAGGCGACUGAAGAAAAGCUCGCAGACCCAGAGAUGCAGCGUGAGUUUGAGGAAAAAGAGGCUAACUUACCACAGACAAGUGAACUAGAAGACCCAAUUCACAGGAAUCCUGCCAUCAGUGACGAAGCACAGCAUCACGAAAGAGAAGAAGUGGUUUCAAAAGAGAAAGAAAAAGACAACGAUGACAAAGAGAGAGCUGAUGAGCAACGUAGAACGCAGCCAAGUGUAGAUAAACAAGUUAAAGAGGCCAGGUGUGAUGUGAGGGAAUCCAACGAGGGCAGAAAAUGUGAGGAAAGUGACAGCAGCCAAGGAGGAGUAGGAAGGAAACUGGUCAUCUCCAAACAUCCAAAGGUUUACCAAGCGAAAGCGGUGCCGAUCGUGCCUCCGAAGCCGCAGCACUGCAAAAUCACCGCCCUGACACUCCGACAGCAGCAGCAGCAAAGAGAUAAAAGAGAAAACACGGCGAGGGUCCCAACAGAGCAGGACAAGGUCUGGGUGGGAGACGGCGAAGAUGAGGGCAGGGGGAGGAAGGAGAGGCCAACACUCUGGGGAGGGGAGAAAGGAGAGAGGGAAAGGAGGAGGGACGGGGAGGAAAACGCCACGAGGGACUCGAGCAGAAACAGUCCCCUCAGCAUGUGUUUUGACGAGGCUGUUGCCAAAGCCACCAUGAGGCGAGAGAAGGAGAAAGAGUGCGAGAAGGAGAAGGAGAGGCAGAGGGAUUGGGGAAAUGAAGUACAGUGAAGGUUCUUUUUCUUCAUCUGUAUAUUGAUUUGAAGUGAUUUGACUGUACAAACUAUUUUUCUAUGUGUAGCAUAAGGGGCUGUAUUUGUCAUUCAGAAUAAGUCUCAGUAUUGUCUAUGCAAUGCUACUGAAGAUGUUAAGUAUUUUUUAUUAGAGAAAGAGCUGUAGAGAGAGCUGAAAGGUAAUGAGGGAAAAGUGAUGGACGAAAUGCAACACCCCAUCAGGAAGCUAAUAAAGUAAUAGCUGCAAUUAUGCUACCUGAAGUUAAAUAAAACUGAAACUGUAAGCAAACAAAGAGGCCGGACUAAAGGUGAAGAGCUGCUGAAACAUGUUGAGGAUGAAAUAUUACAUUUAAAACUCAGAACUUUCAUAGCUUCCAUGCUCUAGGUCUGUAAAACGUUACAAAAAGUAAAGCGAUUAGUCUUAAAUCAAGCUCACUCCUGUCUGCAGUUGUCGUUCAAUUCCAUACUUUGUAAUUAUAUAAAGUAUAUUGUAUACGGAAGGUCAUAUGUAUAGAUAAACAGUAUAAGUAUAUGGUUAAAUAUUAGAUUUGAAAGAGAAUGAGUGAUGAAUAUAAUGUCUGCAAAAGUAAAGGUUAUUUCUUGGUUAUGGGAAUAAAAACAUGUUUCCAAGAUAGUGUCUGUCCUUUUAUUUGUAUAAUCAUUAUUAUUGUUCAUUAUUUUUCUUCAUGUUUAUUAAUUUAAACUCUCUUGAAACUAGAUAGAGCCGUUGCAUUA